AUGGCAGACGGACCGCAUGCGGGUGCACGUUCAGACGUUCCGAGACCACGGCCGAGGACACCCUCGCCAGUGAGAGCAGUGGCAGAAUGCAAGAAAACUCCUGCACCGCCGCGAGAUUUCGACCUCACUCCAGACACCAUCGAUGUGAUUUAUGCUGAGGACGAGGAGGUUUUUCGAGAAACCGCCGUCCGAGAGCUGUUGAAGGUGGGAUUUCUCAGGCAGAACAUUCGAGAGGCAAACAAUGGCCUAGAAGCGCUAGAACAUCUGGCUAAGAUUCAGACUGAAGGCAAUUUGACAAAGCCUGUGAUGGUGCUUUUAGAUGUGAGAAUGCCUGGUAUGGAUGGCCGCGAGUGCGCUCUUAAGAUCCAGGAGAUGGUGAAACAGAAACAGCUUCGGCGAGAGCCAUACGUGAUUUGCAUCUCCUCCAUUGCCAGACAGGUGGAAGUUGACGAGGGAGGGGGCAAUUUUCAAAUUGUGCUCCCAAAGCCAAUCAAUGUUCAAUACAUUGAGGAUGCCUUUGAUCACCUCAGGAAAUGGUGGACCCUAGGUUUGUGUCGGCAGCUCCCAGCAUGGAAGACCUUUGACAUUGACAAAAUUGACCUUCUAGCCGCUGAUGAUGAGCCCCUUUGCCGAAUGUCAGCACAAAUGGCUUUCAACCAAGCUGGAGUGCUGACAGAUUCCACUUCUGAUGCGGAGUCCAAGGAGGAGAUGCUGGAGCAGCUUGUGGAAGGGCAGGUGGGUGAUGCGAGCCGUCCUUGGGUCCUCUUGCUCAGCAGCGAGGAAUGGGCACGCAUUGUGUAUGACUGGGUGGAGGAGCAGCGACAAAUGCAGUCCUUGCGCCGGGCACCCUUUGUCAUUUGCACGUCUGUGGACAGUGAGCGGAUGUGUUCCUCCGCUUCAAACGAGCUGUUUCACGUGUUUCUGCCAAGGAAUUUUGGUCAAGAGGACGUAAAGUGGAGCUUGGAUUAUUGCAGGCUUUGGUGGCUGACUCGUUCAGUGGAAGCUUACUCGAAGCCUAGUGAGGGGCAGGACGCUUUCUCUGAUGCAGGAAGCGACCAAGAGCUCUCAGACGAGGAACAAUCUGACGGCGAUUAA